UGAUUUUGUUUAGCAACGCUCUAUCCUCAAAUGACAAUUGACAGGAAGGAAAUUCAGGGCUCAAGAUAGGGUGAGUAACCUUAGGGCAAGUAACAAUGAGUAACCAAAUAUGGACAUUUCUUUUAAGUGGCUGCAGACCUAAAGGUAGAGAAUUAAAUGAAUUUAUUUUCCCUAGUUUUCUUAAUUGAAUCAUAUCUUCUUCAUUCUAACUCGGAUUUCAAUUUUUUUUGCACAGAUGGAACGAGUUCGUUUUGCUCUACAAAAUGAUAUUCAUUUUCAAUAUUUUUUGAGAAUUUUUUUUUCAUCCCUCUCGUUACCAACUCCAUACCAUAUGGUAUCUCCUUCGUUGUUUAGUCAUUUUCGAAAAUUUUUGCACAAAAGGAAUGAUUUAAUCAUGAUCUAUUGGAUUUCAAAAUUUUCUGGAGAAAAAAAUUCCAUACCUCUCGUUACCAACUUCAUACCAUACUAUACCACCCUGGUAUGAGGUAGUAUUUUUCAUACUAUAUGGUAUGCUGUAUUGACUGGUAAUAACUGACAAUUUUUUUUUGUUCCAAAAAAUAUUGAGGUGGUAUUUUUCAUAUCAUAUGGUAUGCUGUUAUUUAAUACCAGUCAGUACCAUAUGGUAUUGACUAUACCAUAUGGUAUUGACUGGUAAUAACUGGCAAUUUUUUUUCGUUCCAAAAAAUAUCAAAGUGAAUAUAAUUUUGAAGAGCACAAUUAAUCUGAUCUAACUGUGCGAAAAAAAAAUUAAAUUCCGAGUUAAAACGAGUGAGAAAUCGUCCGUUAAAAAUUAAGGGAAAUAAAAUUAAUAAUUUUUCCAGCAGAGAGUAGGAGGCGCUAAUGUGACAGAUUCUUAUUGGGUUAUGCAUGAGAUUACUCACCACAAGGUUACUCACCCGAUCUGCUCCAAAAUGCAGAGUUUGGCAUUUAGGCUUAAAAGCUCUUAGUUCAUGGGCUUGAAGUCCGAUAGUUUGUCGGGCUUCGUUAAGAGGUAAACCCGUUCCAUAUAUUAAACGUCCAAAACGAUCCACCCGCCAUAUUUUCUGUUGCCAGGAAACCCGCCUAAACCCAACGAACUCCCUCCGCAGUUCUCUACAGAUAAUGCUCUCCCUAUCUACUCUCCCGCCAUCUUCCUUUCUCCGGCCUCACGGCGGCGACCGGAGGCUAUUCCAGCGUCUACAUUAUCCAGAAAGGUGCAAUUUCGAAAAGUUAGGAUCUUACAAGAUCGAGUGCAAGCUCGCAAAAUUGAAGCAGGCUCCUGGGGGCACGAACCCUGAUUCCCUGAUAAAGGAGCCUCACAAGUACUUCGAUCAGGUGAUCAUAACUGUUCGUUCUGGCGAUGGAGGCCAUGGGGCUAUCCUCAAGAUGCCUAACCAGAGUCCUGCCAAGCCUGUUGGGAAGUUAGAGAAGGAAAAGGCGAGGAUAAAGGGCUCGAUCAAAAGGGAUUUUGAUGGGUCGCUUGUUCUGCCUGUUGGUGGGCAUGGAGGGGAUAUUGUUGUUUAUGCAGACGAGGGGAGAGAUACGCUGUUGGAGUUGCAUAAAAAGGGGCGGUUCAGUGCCAAAAGAGGUGGAAAUGUGGAUUCCACGGGCGUCUUGACUCCCCAGUUGCGCAAUGGGUUUGCUUCCCCUAGUAUGCGUAUCCCCGUACCACUAGGUACUGUUGUGAAGCAAAAAAGAGGCAAGUUGUUGGCUGAUUUAACGCAACCUGGUCAGGAAAUACUCGUUGCUAGAGGUGGACAAGGAGGGAUUAGCUUGCUGGACGCGCCAGAACAUAAGAAGAAAAAGCUUAUGAGUCUAACCAGUAACGUGCUGAGAGAUGAUAGUGACAAGGUGUUAACUCAUGGGCAGCCUGGGGAGGAAGUUAGUUUGGAGUUAAUUCUACGAGUUGUAGCUGAUGUUGGUUUAGUUGGCCUCCCAAAUGCUGGGAAAUCGACACUUUUGUCCGCUAUUACACUUGCAAAACCUGACAUCGCUGAUUACCCUUUUACAACCUUGAUGCCAAACCUUGGCCGUCUUGAUGGUGAUCCAGCUUUGGGGCCUGAGAUGUAUUCAUCCGCAGCAACAUUGGCAGAUUUGCCUGGUCUUAUAGAGGGUGCUCAUUUGGGCAAGGGUCUUGGACGAAAUUUUCUAAGACACCUGAGGAGGACUCGGGUGCUCGUUCAUGUUGUUGAUGCAGCUGCAGAGGACCCUGUGAAUGACUAUAGAACUGUGAGAGAAGAGUUAAGGAUGUACAAUCCCGAGUACCUAAGAAGACCUUAUCUGGUGGUGCUCAAUAAGAUUGAUCUUCCUCAGGCAAAUGAGAGGCUUCAAUCCUUGACUGAAGAGAUAUCGAGAAUAGGUACCGAUGUGUUAGCAAUGAACCCAGAAGUGGUGCCUGAGGCAAGUGAUGAAUUGGUUCCUCGUACUUCUGAUGAAGAAGAGGAAAAAGAUUUGGAGGACUAUGCUCGCCCCGUCGCUGUUGUGGGAGUCAGUGUGCUGAAAGGGGUCAGGGUAAAGGAGAUGUUGAAGCAGAUUCGAGCGGCCUUACGACAGUGCAGAGAUUCUGAAUGAACCCUUAAUUUGGGAUACAAAACCACGAGAUUGAACGUGUAGUGAGAUAAUCCCCUUCUAAGCAAUAGCUCAAAACAAAUAUGUUGUAUCAAAUGUACAUAUUUGCCAAGUCAUGCAAUAAACCUUUGUGUUGUAUUAAGUGUCAGAAACCUUCACUAUAGCAUUUGAACUCCAUAUUAAGCGUCAUGUUAGCACGGUAGGCGAUGUGGUUUCUCUCACUUUCUUAUCUUUAAACUUUCGAUCAUUAAUGGUUAAUAUUGUCUCUUAUUUAGCGAAACUUUAGGAGCGGUGGAAACCCUAUGGUUUUUCCGGGUCAAUUUGCGGUGAUUUUUAUCGAUUGUUGAAAGGUUUUCCGAUUACUUUUCGGAAAAGAAGUCCUUUUCGAUCAAGUUUUUGCGUUGAGAUCUAGGUGGAGACCAUCUAUUCAAAUCACGGGGACCAUAAGCAUCUUUGAUUGAAUCGUUUUUUUAUGGAAGCGGAUUGUACAAGUGGAAAACCCUCGCUCAAGAAACCUUUAGGUUUUCG